UUUCCCGGGUUUUUAUCAAAUGUUAAAGACGCAUGUGAUUUAAUCUCGCAUGAGGUUGUUUAGCACUGUGACGGUAAAGUUUGCAGUUGAAAGAUGGCAUGCACUGGUGAACUGGCUAUUUUGAGCGUUUAUGAUAAAACUGGGCUUGCAGAACUGAGCAAGAAACUCCAUGACAUUGGCCUUCAACUUGUGGCUUCUGGUGGAACUGCCAAAGCUAUACGGGAAUCUGGCCUUCCUGUUAAGGAUGUUUCUGAAAUAACGGGAGCUCCUGAGAUGCUAGGAGGUCGAGUGAAAACUCUUCAUCCUGCUGUUCAUGGUGGUAUUCUGGCCAGGAGAACAGAUGAUGAUAAAGGUGACAUGGACCGUCAGAACUAUACAUAUGCUAGUGUUGUAGUGUGUAACCUUUACCCGUUCGUCAAGACCAUCUCUCAACCAGAUGUAACGGUUGCAGGAGCCAUGGAACAAAUUGAUAUUGGGGGUGUUACUCUGCUUCGAGCUGCUGCCAAGAACCAUGAGCGAGUUACAGUCCUUUGUGACCCUGAAGAUUACAAGCUAUUGACAGAAGAAUUGUUAUUAGCUGAUCAUAUGACAACACUGAGGACCAGGCAGCAGCUAGCCAUUAAGGCAUUCAACCACACAGCCCAAUAUGAUAUGGCUGUUUCUGAUUACUUCCGUCGAGAGUUUGGUCAAGAACAUUCCCAGUUGUCCCUGCGAUAUGGAAUGAACCCUCAUCAAACUCCUGCCCAGAUAUUCACUUACAGUGAAAAACUGCCGCUUACUGUUUUGAAUGGAUCUCCUGGAUUCAUCAACCUUUGUGAUGCACUCAAUGCCUGGCAGCUUGUGCAAGAACUAGAAGAAGCUUUGAGCCUUCCUGCAGCAGCUUCAUUCAAACAUGUGAGCCCAGCAGGUGCUUCUGUUGGUGUUCCACUUUCUCCAGACCAAUCUAAGCUGUGUAUGGUGGAUGAUCUCUUUGACGAUUUGACACCACUAGCAACGGCCUAUGCUCGAGCAAGAGGAGCAGACAGAAUGUCUUCUUUCGGAGAUUUCAUAGCUCUGUCAGCUACGUGUGAUGUUGUGACAGCUAAAAUCAUAUCUCGAGAGGUUUCAGAUGGAAUAAUUGCUCCAGACUAUGACCCAGCUGCUUUAGAAAUUCUGAAAAAAAAGAAAAGUGGAAAAUAUUGUAUUCUAAAGAUGGAUAUUACUUACAAGCCCUCACCAAUGGAGCUUCGUGUGCUCUUUGGUUUAUAUAUGGAACAAAAAAGAAAUGAUGCUGUUAUCGACAAGAAAUUAUUUUCCAAUAUUGUCUCCACCAACAAAGAGCUUCCAGAAUCCGGUCUUCGUGACUUAAUUGUAGCCACCAUAGCCCUGAAAUACACCCAGUCUAAUUCUGUUUGUUAUGCUAAAGAUGGGCAGGUAAUUGGUAUUGGAGCAGGACAACAGUCUAGGAUUCAUUGCACUCGGCUGGCUGGUGAGAAAGCUACCAAUUGGUGGCUACGUCAGCACCCUAAAGUUUUGGGAAUGAUUUUUAAAAGCGGAGUAAAACGAGCUGAAAUGUCUAACAUAAUUGAUGUAUUUGUCAAUGGAACUGUUGGAAAGGAUAUGCCAGAAGAUAUUUGGAGAAGCUCAUUGGAAAAUCCACCCUCACUUUUAACCCAAGCAGAAAGGGAGGAGUGGAUUGGUAAGUUGUCAGAAGUGGCCUUGAGUUCUGAUGCUUUCUUUCCUUUCCGGGACAACAUAGAUCGUGCUCAGCAGAUGUCCUAAGAGUGAAGAACAAGG